AUGACAGAACAACAAACCACAAAACAAGAAGUAGUUUAUGUCACUCCUGACCAAGAAGAAGAAAUUGGAAUGAAAGAGGAAUUAAAACAAAUUACAGAACAAUAUGAUACAACCUCAUAUUAUGAAUGGGUAAAAGGACCACAUUCUGUAUUAUGUAUGGUUGCAUUAUUAGGAGUAUUAAUUUAUUUAUACUAUAAAGGGUAUAUCACUUCACCACCAUCAAAUUUAGUUCCAUGGUUAUUUGUGUCACUCGUUGUUGUUUGUUGGUGUACUUUCUUCUUACCAGAUAGUUAUUUUGUACAUCCUCAUCCAAUGUUCUGGAAAUGCAUUCAAGGCGUUGGACUAUGUUAUUUGAUGUUAAUUUGUUUCUUAUUAUUCCAAGAUGUAAAUGAUGUUAGACAAUGGUUAAAAAAUAUUGAUCCAAAACUUGGUAUACCAUUACCAGAAAGAGAAUAUGCAAUUGAUUGUAGAUUAUAUACACCAGAAUUACCAUGUAAAUGGAAUAAUUUUAAAAAUGUACUUUUUGAUGAAUUUGUAAUAUAUCAUUUUGUUGGAUGGUGGGCACGAUGUGUUAUUUGUCGUGAUUGGAAAUUAACAUGGUUUAACAGUAUUUUAUUUGAAUUUAUGGAAUUAUCUUUCCAACACAUUCUUCCAAAUUUCCAUGAAUGUUGGUGGGAUCAUAUUAUUUUAGAUGUUUUUGGAUGUAAUGCUCUUGGAAUUUGGCUUGGAUCAAAAACGCUUCAAUAUUUUGAAUUAAGAGAAUAUAAUUUCAGUGGUGUUUCCCCUAUGCAAAAGAAAGGAAAAAUAUUUAGAGUUAUUGGACAAUUUACACCUACAUCAUGGACACGUUAUCAUUGGGGAAUGUUCACUCAUUGGAAGAGAUUUAUUUAUGUUAUUAUUCUUAUUAUCUAUUUCCAACUAUUUGAUUUAAAUUCAUUCUUCUUAAAAGCAGAAUUAUGGUUGAAACCAUCUCAUUAUUUAAACCUUAUCCGUUUAAUUGUUUUAGCAUUACAAGCACCUUUAGUAUUUAGACAAUGUUAUCAAUAUGUUAUUGAUAAAAAUACUAAAGACAUUGGAUCUGCUUCUUGGAUUCUUGGUUUUACUUUACUUCUUGAAGGUAUAUUAUGUUUCAAGUGGGGUUAUCCUGAAUAUAAAUCAAUUCCAACUCCUUUCUUAGUAAAAUGGGGAUGGAUUAUUACCAUUUCUUUUGUAGUAAUUUUUGGUAUCAUUUUCUUUACUUAUAAAGAGAUUCAUUAUUCAGUUGUACGUUCUAAAACACCUUCAGUUCCUUUAGAAGAAGAUAAAGAAGAAAAAACAAAAAAUGAUUAA